CGGCGGUGCCGGGAGCGGGUGAAAGAUGGCGGAGGGCGGCUGCGGCAACGAGGCGGGCGAGGAGGGGCCGAGGGCGGUGGGGCCGCGGCCCCCGAGCGCGCGGGACUUGCAGUUGGCCUUGGCAGAAUUAUAUGAAGAUGAAGUGAAAUGCAAAGCUUCCAAAUCUGAUAGACCUCACGCUACAGCCUUUAAAAACCCACGAACACCACCUCAAAGGUUCUAUUCAAGUGAACAUGAAUGCAGUGGAUUACAUAUAGUUCAACCUUCAACUGGGAAAAUUGUGAAUGAACUUUUCAAAGAGGCAAGGGAACAUGGAGCUGUCCCUCUGAAUGAAGCCACAAGAGCUUCGGGUGAUGACAAAUCUAAGUCUUUUACAGGUGGAGGAUACAGAUUGGGUAAUUCCUUUUGUAAGCGGUCUGAAUACAUCUAUGGAGAAAAUCAGUUGCAAGAUGUUCAGAUUUUGCUUAAACUGUGGAGCAAUGGUUUCAGCUUAGACGAUGGAGAAUUGAGACCUUACAGUGACCCAACAAAUGCUCAGUUUCUGGAGUCCGUUAAGAGAGGAGAGAUUCCCCUGGAGCUUCAGCGACUGGUUCACAGAGGCCACGUGAAUCUGGAUAUGGAGGAUCAUCAGGAUCAAGAAUACAUAAAACCUAGAUUGAGGUUCAAGGCGUUUAGUGGAGAAGGACAAAAACUUGGAAGCCUCACACCUGAAAUAGUCAGUACGCCUUCCUCCCCAGAAGAAGAGGAGAAGUCACUACUUAAUGCAGUUGUUCUUAUUGAUGAUUCCGUGCCAACGACCAAAAUUCAGAUCAGGUUAGCAGACGGGAGCCGUUUGAUACAAAGAUUCAAUAGUACACACAGGAUCCUGGAUGUUCGGGACUUUAUUGUACAGUCCCGUCCUGAAUUUGCAACUCUUGACUUUAUUCUUGUGACUUCAUUUCCAAACAAAGAGCUAACAGAUGAAAGCCUGACACUACAAGAAGCAGAUAUUCUUAACACUGUGAUACUGCAGCAACUAAAAUGAUAUUGCUCCUACCUAUGCAGUAGCAUGUAGGAAUGACAAUGUGCCAUAUUAGUGAGGAAAACACUUAGAGCGUAAAAAGUUAUUUUUAUUAUUUAUACAGAUAAAUUGUGGUUUUAUUCUUAUUCUAUCUUCCAGCUUUCGUCUAGACAAAUUUGGACUAGGAAUAGAUCUUGAGAAAUAUGUUUGAGAUUUUAGCUGCAAGGGCUGGCUUCUGUUGAUAGCUUUUAAAUAUUCAGGCAAACCAAUUUGAUACACGAUCAGAGUUAAUGCAACAACAUUUGUUUGCAGAGAAAGUGAACAAAACCCCAUUGUGAUAAAUGCAUUUGCUAAAUUCUGCACUGAAGUUUCUUGAUGCUGCAUUGAUCAACAGCCAUUAAGAAAUCUUCUGAUCAAAUACUUUGAAAAUUUUUCUGUAAUGUAUACUGAAAAGUAUCCGUAUCUGAUUUUGAAAUACUUUGAUCAUACGAUAUUUAUUUCUCCUAUUAAGAUUUUAGACAUCCUUUUUCCUUGCUGAUUUAGCUGUUAACUUAUGUCAGAAAAUACAGUUUAGCCUUGUAUUUCACAGGACUCUGACCAUCCUAAACUAGAAACAAAGGCAAAGGUCAGCAGUUCCUGAGGGAGAUGUGUCCACCAGCACUUCAGAGUAACUCCAGUCCCUCGCGGAGCCUGCCGUUGUCACGUUCACUUAUUCAUUCAGCAUGUUGUUCUAGAGGACCCACUACAUAACACUAAACACUGUUCUAAGUGUUCAACCCAGAAUGUAGUCUACUGCAAGACAAAAUGAGUGUGAAAUACAGGAAUGUACGUUCUGUCGGCCAGACUGGAUCUGAAGAGUUAACCAGCGUAAAUGUCUGCGUUUCUGCUGAUGCCACGUAUUUCCUGAGUAAGGGAGGCUACAGCGGGAUGAGAGAAAAGCUUUUCCUUCUUCCCAGACACCAUUUCAUCUUUGGUCACCCCUCCUGGUUAGUCUUUUAUUGCCGCUGUAACAAAUUACUACAAAUUUAGUGGCUUAAGAUAGCCUAGGUUUCUUCUCUAGGUGAGAUGUCUCACGUGGGUCUCGCUGGGCUGAAGUCCGGUGUCAGCAGGGCAGCAUUCGUCGGGGAGGCUCUAGCGGAGACACGUUUCCUCGCCUUCCCAACUUGGAGAGGCCACCCGCGUUCCUUGGCCUGUGGCCCUCUUCCAUCUUCACAACCAGCAAUACUGUUUGUCUCUGGCUCCAGGGUCAUCACAUCUCUUUGAGAACAGCCGGGAAAGAGUCUCUGCUUCUAAGGACUCCUGUGAUUAGAUUGGUCUGCCAGAGAAUCCAGGAUGACCUCCCCAUCAUAAGGUCCACAGUAACCUGAAGCAAAUCCUUGAAAUCCCUUUUGUCCUGUAAGGUGACAUAUCACAGGUUCCUUCUGCAGGCGCCAGGGGUGGUCUCUUCUCUGCCUCUUCCAACUUGU